AUGAUGAAAUACAAGGAUAUUGUACCAAUUGGUACAGUUUUAAUCAUUGCUGCCAGCUCAUUUGGUCUUGGUGCAAUUUAUGGAAACUGGCCAUACGAUUUAAACACUUUGUGGCGUAAUACUGACCCAAACGGAUUGAGUAAAUCAUUGGUUCAUUAUCAAACAUGGGCCGAGGUACCAAUGUAUGUCCAUUAUGUGUUGCAUGCUGUUGGGUUCCUUGGACUUGUGGGUCAUUUCAUCAAGCUUUAUAAACCCGAUGAAGAAGCUAAAUACUUUGAAUAUGGAUCAUUGAUCUUAUUCAUGAUUGCCAUUGUUAUAUAUUUGACCAAUUUAAGAACUGGUAUUAAUGCAGCAGUCACUGGCGAGUGGGGAGAAGUUGAUUUUGCCACGGGGAUUAAUGUCAUUGCUGCAUCUCAAGUCAUGAUCAUAUUGGUUCUUGUUGGGGUAUUGGUUUUACAAGGAGGAUUGUAUUAUGCCCAGUGGUAUGAUGGAGAAUUGAAGAAGGAGUUUUAUGAAAACGAAGCUAAGGAAGCUGCUGCCGCUGCUGAACGUCAAGCUAAGCAGGAAGAGGAUAUAAUUGCUGAAUCUGGUGAUGUCAACGUUGAAGUUAUUGCUGAAAAGGAUGGAACUGCAAUUGACACCAAGGGGAAGAAGAAGAAGAGCGCCAAUAUGAAGAAGAGAAAGUCGUAG